AUGGCAUACACCCAGACACUGAGUCCCCAGGCUGUUCACCAGCAAUAUCGCGAUGUCGGCCACAUAUCCCCUCCCAUCCAGCAGCGGCGGCAUGCUUCCAAGCAGCAUUUCGUUGCUGACCUCUCCCAGUGCCUCUUUGAUUUCGUCAUUCAGCUCCUACCCACGCCUGAGGAAAUGGCAGUCAAGGAGGACGUACGCAAACUACUCGAGAGGCUCAUCAGGACAAUAGAGCCUGACAGCCGCCUGCUUUCUUUCGGCAGCACUGCGAAUGGCUUCAGUCUCCGCAAUUCUGAUAUGGACUUGUGUUGCUUGAUCGACUCUCAGGAGAGGCUCGCUGCAACGGACCUUGUAACUAUGUUGGGGGACUUGUUAGAGCGCGAAACAAAAUUUCACGUCAAGCCUCUCCCUCACGCACGAAUACCAAUCGUGAAGUUAUCCCUCGAUCCGUCUCCAGGUCUACCUCUCGGAAUUGCCUGUGAUAUUGGCUUCGAAAAUAGAUUAGCGCUCGAGAAUACGCGACUACUCAUGUGCUAUGCCAUGGUCGAUCCAACUCGUGUACGGACCAUGGUUCUGUUCCUUAAAGUAUGGAGCAAGAGAAGGAAAAUUAACUCCCCUUACAAAGGGACCCUUUCAUCAUACGGCUACGUUCUCCUUGUAAUAUAUUUUCUGGUUCAUGUCAAGAAUCCUCCUGUUUUACCUAAUCUACAACAAAUGCCGCCAUUACGUCCAAUUACGAAAGAGGACACCCAUCUGAAUGGGUACAACACAUGGUUCUUUGAUGACAUCGAGUUGCUUCGACAACGAUGGCAUUCUGAGAACACUGAAACUGUGGCUGAGCUCUUGAUUGACUUUUUCCGAUAUUAUUCACGGGACUUUUCGUACAACACUGGUGUUGCUUCAAUACGAGCAGGCCUACUGAAAAAGGACUUCAAAGGGUGGCAAAACGAUCUUUCUGCAAGCCGAUAUAACGAUGCUCGAGAAAGAAACCGUCUCUGUAUCGAGGAUCCUUUCGAGACGGACUAUAACGUGUCGCGAUGUGUCACAAAGGAUGGUCUUUACACGAUACGCGGGGAAUUCAUGCGAGCAUCAAGAGUGCUUGCUGCUCGUCCGGAGAGAGCUAUCAUCGCUCUCGCUGAGCUUUGCGAGGAGCGAAAAGACGAAGAUCUUGUGUCUGCGCCUUCCUACUCAUCUUCAAGGCCACCCCCUAACCUUCCUCCUCAAACGCCGUACACCGUUGGAAAUCAAUCCCGACCUAAGGGUGCGACAGUCGCAGAAAGAUUUUCACCACCUGCACAGUUUUUUCAACCUGGACCAAGACUUGCUGUCCAACAAGUUUCGCAACGUCCUCCGCCUGAGCAUAUGGCUCCUAAGCGAGGAAAAUGGACGAGUCCUCCUCCACCUGAGGCGCCAUCAGUGGAUCACACGUUGUUCGAAAGUCAGUUGGGCAAGGGACUGGAAAUCGCCACGUCUUCCACAGAGGCCAGGGAGAAAAGAGAGAAUGCGGCGGCAUACAAUUCCUCGGAAAGCAACAGCGAGGUUUUCACUGACGAAGACCGUUCGGACGCUGCUGAGUCAGACGAUAUCACAUCGGUGAGGUCUUACACAGAAGGGUUUGCGGGAAAUGCGGCACCAAUGCGCAGACCCUCCUGGUACACGCACGAUACAAUGCGACCGCAAGGGAAUGGUGAAAAUUUGCCCGUGGGCUCAUCUUUAAGGUCGUUGGUUUCCAACCGACCCCGCCCAAGAUCUACUGACAAAGCUCAAGCAUCCCCUCCUGCUCCUCUUUUUCGCGGCCCACAAGAUUUUAUUCCAUCCUCAUCACAUUCUGAAUAUGCGAGGCGUUCAAUAUCGGGACUCCCUCGAACUUUGAGAAACCCGAAUUGGACAGUGCACACACCGUUAGCUGCUGCCACUCCUCUCCCGCCAUCACCUGAAUCUCCCAUGGAAUCUCACUUUAACGAUCCUUCGAAUGUAUAUUAUCAAACUGCUACUACCCGAUCGCCUCGUCCUACUGUUCUAUACCCGAGUCCUGGAUCACAUUCGUCUUUCCUGUCACAUUAUCAGUCCCAUCAUCCUCACCGUACUGGUCAGGUUCCUCACGACAUAUUUCCCUCUAACUUGCCGCCAGCUUUGUCAUCGACAAAUCCUCGCGUUUCAGUUGGUCUGACCUCUGCUGGCCAAUCAUCAACAGGCCCGGGUACGCCAACGCCCACCUCUUGUUCUCCAUCACAUUCGCAUUCUCAUUCAAUUGCCACCGUCACGGCUCCUACCCCUCCCCCACAUGCCGCCAAAUUUUCGCCGCAGCCCCUGCAGAAUAGUUCACCCCUGAUAUCGGUGACUCAUCCGGCUGGGUCUCGCUCCCGGUCCCCUUCACCACCCCUGGCGCCCGAUUCUGUACCUGGGAAAGGGCUCCCCACGCCCAAUGCGGUUUCGCCGCAACCGUCUGCUUCCAAUUCCAAUGGCAGCUCUCCGACGCCGUCGUCUGCGGGAUAUUCAACAUCCAUUUCAAGAUCUCCGUCACCCCACUCGCCGUCCCCGCCGCCAACCGCUGUUCCACUGAAACAAAAAGACGACAGUGAUUUGGGAUUCCCCACAACCUUCUCUGCACUCAACGACAAUGUUGCAUAUGUGGAACAUAUGCCCCGGUUAACAGCUCCUGGCUAUGAAGUCCGCAUUGAGAAAACAGAAGAUUCGGCAGAGAUUUAA